GUUUUGUUGUCAUCAGGACGAGAGACGUUGAGAGGAAAACAAUCCCCCAAAGAUCAAAGAGUUUUUCAGCAAAGUAAACAAACAGAACCUAAAUUUCCGCCGACGAAAUAAAAGUUAAAGCCGAAUUCUGGUGAAAUCCCUGCUUUCCUGUCCGUGUCAUGAUCGUAGGAAGGAACCUGAUUGGCCCUUAGUAAUGAUUAUAUGUAUUUAUGAUGCCUGAGAUCUGAGCACACUGUUCGCUUUCCUCCAUCAGCUUGGUGUUUGACCUCUGACUCUGAAAGGGUGCAUCACCAUGGCAACCAAAGCAGGGGAUGAUCCAGAGAGCCUCAUGUCUCAGUGCACCGUGUUCUGUCUGAAGAACCUCAGAAGAACCAUGUGCUACAUGGGCGAGAGGAACCAACUGUGCCUGCGUCCAGACAUCUUCUUACCCAGUGAGAUCUGUGACAAGCUUGUUCACAUGUACGUGGAGCUGGUGCAAACAGACACCGAGUUUGAGCCUCAGGAUGGGUUUUUUCAGCUCUUCAGCAACCCGCACAGCACCCGACUGAGCCGACUGCACCUCAGAGAGGACGUCGUACGAGACCGAGACCUCAAGGCCAUCAGCAAGCAGGAUCUGAUGGAGCUCCACUUGACGUGCUGUAAUCAUCUCAGCAACCGAAGCCUUUGCACUCUGCGCAAAUUCCGCCACACACUCGUGUCCCUCAGUCUCUUCGGCUGCUCCAGCAUCUUCUUCCCCAAGUCCUCCACUGAGGACGACGAGGAUGAUGAUGAGGACGAUGAAGAGUUAUGUGACGGCACUGACUUCUCCUUCCAGGGCUUCAGAAAGCUGUGCAUGUUGAACGUUGGCCAUCUGCCAGUAAAUGUGGACCCUGAAAGACUGCUGAAGCCAGUAGACACUCUCAGAGUGCUGGACCUGUCCUCAACGCACCUGCCCCGCCCCUCCUUCCUCACAAAGUGGAGGGAGCAGCUAGCCGCCCUCGUGCUCUACAACGUGGACGUGAACGAGGAGCUCAUCACCACCGUCCUGCAAAUGAGCCGACUGAGGCACUUAGAUAUCUCACGUGAAGGUCAGCGCUCCUCCAAGUUCAAACUGACAAGGAAGAUCCUGACAAACACUGUACAGAGUUUAGGGAACCUCGUCUCCCUGGACAUCUCGGGACACGUCAUGCUGGACAACUGCACCGUGCCGUACAUGGAGGAGGCCAUGGGACCACCAAGCACCGAUCCCUGUAAGAGCAGUAUCUACCCGUUCCAGAGCUUAAAGAGGCCUCUGCAGUUUCUGGGUCUUUAUAACACUACACUGUGUAACGUCAAACACAUCCCGGCCUUUAAGGUGACCGGCUCUAAGAAUGAAGAGCAGGUUCUCAACGCUAUUGAAGCUUACACUGAACAUCGUCCUGAACUCGCACACAGGGCCAUAAACCAGCUGUUUGACUUUGUCCGGAUACAACACUGUAAUAAUCUGGUCCGAGCAGUGCAGUUGGUGAUUGCAGCACUGAAUUGUCAUAAGUAUGAUAAGAGUGUCCAGGUAACGGGCAGCGCCGCUCUCUUCUACCUGACCGGUACAGAGUACCGGAAUCACCAAAGUGUUAAGAUGCGCAGGCAGGUCAUCGAGGUCGUACUCAAUGGCAUGGAGCAGUACCAGGAGGUUACGGUUCAGAGGAAUUGCUGUCUGACUCUGUGUAAUUUUAAUAUUCCUGAUGAGUUAGAGUUUCAGUAUCACCGCGUCAACCUGUUGCUGUUAAAGAUCCUGGAACCGGUGCGUCAGGACGAGUCCAUUCAGCGCAUUGCUGUGCACCUGUGCAAUGCCCUCGUCUGCCAGGUGGACAACGACCACAAGGAGGCGGUCGGCAAGAUGGGCUUCGUCAAGACCAUGUUGAAUUUAAUACAGAAGAAGCUGAAUGACAGACUGUGUGAUCAGGUGAUGGAGUUCUCAUGGAGUGCGUUGUGGAACAUCACAGAUGAAACGCCAGAUAACUGCCAGAUGUUCCUCAACUGCAGUGGCAUGAACCUGUGCCUGGAUUGUUUAAAGGAGUUUCCAGAUAAACAGGAGCUGCACCGUAACAUGCUGGGUCUGCUGGGUAACGUGGCCGAGGUGAAGGAGCUCCGACCUCAGCUUCUCACCAGCCAGUUCGUCACCGUCUUCAGUACUCUGUUGGGGAGCAAAGCGGACGGGAUCGAGGUGUCGUAUAACGCCUGUGGGGUUCUGGCACAUAUCAUGUUUGACGGGCCUGAAGUGUGGACUGUGGAGAACCCUAACAGAGAGAUGGUCAUGGACAAAAUGUGGGACGCCAUCCAGAGCUGGGACGUCACGUCACGGCGCAACAUCAACUACAGGUCAUUUGAACCUAUUCUGCGUCUCCUCCCUCAGAGUAUAUCACCUGUCAGUCAGCACUGGGCCACCUGGGCUCUUUACAACCUGGUCUCUGUGUACCCAAACAAAUACUGUCCAUUAUUAAUAAAAGAAGGAGGAAUUGUGUUGUUGAAGAAAGUUCUGGAACUGGAGUCUUCUCACCAGGACACAAAGACCAUGGCACGCAAGGUGAUGGAGCAGUGUGAGAAUUUUAAGGAGGAUCCGAUGGACACCAGCAGGUAAAAGGUGCAGAGCAGGAAAUCUCGCCUCAGCAUCUGGUCCACCUUAAAACACACCAGAACAACACAGCUAAUGGGAUCUAAAGAAAGGAAUCUAACGCACAACGCUCACAUCUGUUCCAUGUCAUUCAGGAUUCUUCAGUCUCCUCUGCUGUGUGUGUGUGUGUGUGUGUGUGUGUGUGUGUGUGUGUGUGUGUGUGUGUGUGUGUGUGUGUGUGUGUUGGACUCAAAGGGUAAAGAUGGACCCUCAUCCUCACAAAUACACACUCCUGUGAAAAUUAAAAUGACACUAACUUAAAGGGGAGAUGCUUCCACAGGAGUGUGUGUGUGUGUGUGGCACAUGAUUAACAGUGUUUGUAUCAUUUAUUAGUGUGUGUCUGUGUGUGUUUCUGUGUGUGGAACAAAGCCAGGGGAAAGUUCUCAUCUUUUUGACUGAGCACAAAACAAGGCUGGAAAGAAACUGACUUUCUGUGUGUGUGAGACAGAGAAUGUGUGUGUGUGUGUGUGUGUGUGUGUCUGUGUGUGUGUGAGACAAAGAAUGUGAGUGUGUAAGAGAGACAGAGAGAAAAAGCUUCACUAGAUUGUCUUUUAUGCUCUGACAUCAUAACUCAUGGACUUUCUGGAAUGAGGUCACACACCACGUCACAAUCUCUGGUCAGUGAGGACAAUUUAUGGCUUGAACACACACACACACACACACACACACACACACACAUUUACAGACUCUUAUCCAGAGCGAUGUACAAGACUGCUUAAGUCUUUAUCAUUGGAUACAUUAACUCUGGUUCACUAGGUUACGUACUUAAAGGUGCAGUGCACGAUGUUUGAAAGCCAAUGUUGACAAUUGAAAUCACCAAAACAAACACGCCCCUAACCCAAAUGGGUGUCACCCCUGUAUUGACAGCUCUGCCCGUAACCCCGGCAACUAUUAUGGCGGAACCUGCUGGGGCAGCUGGCUGAGGGGAUAUUUUUAUCAAUAAAUCAUCUCGAUGAGUAAUACUAUGGUAAUACAAAUGUGUUUUUGUAGUACUGUGUGUUAAAAGGUUUAGCUCCGUUUCAUGCAGACGGCGACGUUCAACACCUAGAGCCCGAGGCAGAGGUAACGGCAGGUAUCCGUUAUGUCAAUGUUUCAAUCGCUUCCGCGUUAAUGUCACACACAUGCACUGAACGAUCUCUCUGCCACAUAUCGACAAGACACGCCCCUUUCUGCUCAUUGGCUACACGUUUGUCGGCCCGACUCGGUUUUCUGAAUCAUUUCUCAAACAACGUGCACUCCACCUUUAAUUCUACUCUUUAGCUUUAGAUCACAGGACUACAGGAUUAUUCCUCACACCUCUCCUGUUUUCUAGAAUUCCUUUUUAUUUAUUUAUAUUACAUCGAAUAAGCAGGCUCGAGUCUUUGUGAUUUUAAUACAGUUUUUUAUUUACUCACUACGUUGUCAUGCCAACAAUCAGGUCAGUAAGACGUCACUGCUUUUACAGAAAACAAAACAGUACAAGUAAAGUUCUCCUUACGUAUUAAACCAGUAGAUAAUUGUUUACAAUCACUGUGUUUUCUCGAAUAUGAACAAACCAACCACCUGCCCAUUGGAUCCACUCCCUUCCACAAGCAUACAACAAUUUCCUGUAAACUGCUAUACAGUAUAAUACAGCAAACCAUUUUACAAUUACCAACAUUUUUACAGGAUUUUAUUGGCAACUUUUUUGCCAGGUAAUUCCUAUAAUUUCUACAGUUUUUUUUUUUUUAAUACAGUGUAGUUCAAGACCUGGCAACCAUGAACUACCUGCUAUGAAACAAUGGUACAACUUCUCUCAUGAUGUCAGUGCACCAGUUUAAACCACGAUCUGUGCUGUACAUGUUUGCCACUUCACCUCUGACCUCAAACCGCUUCUUUUCUGUCUGUUUAUUACUGAUCCAUUUCUCUUUUUCCAUUUCGUCUGCUGCUGCUGCUUUAUACUGAAUUAUCCAAAUUGGAAAUCAACAAAGAGUAGAGAGUAAAAUGUGAGUUUUAUACGAACAACAUGGUGCUUCAUGCACGAGAACAUCAGAAAUCCUUCUGUUUAAAUAAAGAAUUUGAAUUUGUAAGAUUUUGUAUAAAUAUGACUCACCAUCACGAUAUCGUCAAGGGCCUUUUCUUUCUCUUUUAUUUCCUCACUAUCACCUUCAUACACAGCCAGCACAAACUCCACUGACUCUUUUACUGCCCCGAUGACAGGAACUAUGUCCAUGAAUCCAAUCCACACGGUGCUGUUGCCUUCAUCCUUGCCCUCCGUCUGUAGAACCCCGACUCCAGCCAUGUUCUCAGAGAACUACACUAGGUUACGUUUGUAACCCGGUUUCCAGAGAAGUUCAGUUCUCUCCAGCGCUGGAAAGCUGAUCCUAAAUCAGAUCAUAAAUUAGAAGUGUUACCACAUGCACAGAUAAUUUGAUGACCCCCCCACACACUCACUCCCCCUGAAAUAAAAAACCUCUAUAAAAUAAUGUUUAUUACAAUUAUUAAGUUUGUUUAUUACAUUUCAUUUUUCAAAUUUGUAUUACCUUCAUGCAUGUCUGCUUAUGACCAAACAAAAUGUUUAUUUAUGUUUGUAUAUGAUAUAGUUUAUAUAAAUUCCCCUAUAUUUCCAAUUAAUUCCCAUAAAUUCCCGUAAAGUUUCCAAUUUUGAAUAUUUCCAAAAUUCCCCAGAUUAAGUUCCUGUGGAAAGUUUACGGAAAUUUACCAGAAACUUUCAGCCCCUUUGCAACCCUAUUUAAAACAGCCUCAUGCAGCGCUUUGCUAAAUUCACCGUACAGUAUGGCGUCCGCUGUAGCGGCACAAUGAUCAAGGAGCUGAGUGGGGAGCAAUAAAGUCGUGACACAUUAAUCAUCCUUGCAGUUUGCUGUUUAUUCUCCAUCCAUUUGAAGAUAGUUUCUAUAUAGCAAUGUAUAACACUGAUUUGCUCAAGUUCAACAAUACUGCUUCUCAAUGAAUAUAUUAUUCUUAUACUGUGAUUAUACGGUCAACCAAAAAAUAUGUGCUCCUACACUCACCCCCAUGCUUCCGGAGCUACACAAAGGUGUUUUAACCUUACGUAAUUACUGACACCCCCAUUCUCCCACGGUCACAUGACGUACACUUAACAUGGCUCCUACAUCCGCAUUCACGUAGACGUCAUCAGAAUCAAAGCGAGCCACAUGUUUGUCUGAUUAUCAUCUUCUGUAUCGGGGGAAAGUGUGUGUUCACCUCAUUUAUUUAGUGUUUUCUCUUUCAACUCGUAUCCUCGAAGGGACUGAAUAUUAGAUUUCUCUAUAAAUUCACACAGCACCUUCGAAUGAAAUUUGAUGUGGAUGGAUGGAUGGAUGUUUGAGCAGAUUUGGGGAAAACUGUAUUUUUAUACUAUGCACUAUGGGCAUGGAAUAACUUGCAAAAAAGAUCUUAAAUUAGAAAUGUGUAUAUCAAUAAAUACAUUUAAGACCAUCAUAAAAAAUGUGGUAAAGGAGACAUGUAGUUGUUUUUCUUGAGAGGUCCUUGUAUUUGCAUGAUUGUAUGUAUGUAUGUUUUUAAUAUGUUGUGUUUAUGUACGGCUGCUAAC